AUGUUAAUUGGGUCAAAGAUCGUUACCAGCACAGUUUCAUUAGUUAGAAAAAUCAGGGAAAGAUUGCUAACAGCUCAAAGUAGACAGAAGAGCUAUGCACAUAAAAAGCGUAGGGAUAUCAUCUUCAACAAAGGCGACCAUGUAUUUCUCAAUGUAUCUCCCUUUAAAGAGGCAGUUGUUGAGGUUGCUUAUAGAUUAGCAUUGUCUCCCAGCCUUGCUGUUGUUCAUAAUGUUUUUCAUGUGUCCAAUUUGAGGAAGUACAUUCCUAAUGCCAACCAUGUAAUUCAUUAUGAAGAAGUUCAGUUACAAAAGGAUCUAUCAUAUGAAGAGAGACCAACCCAGAUCCUGGCCAGGCAAACCAGGAAGCUAAGGAAUAAGGAAGUAAGUAUGGUCAAGGUGUUUUGGCACAAUAGUUCCAUAGAAGAAGCCACCUGGGAAGUAGAACAUGUUAUGUAG